UAACAGCGUACGGUCAUAGUCGGCCACAUAAUUGUUAUUCAACGUAAACAACGUAAACAACGCUUUCAAGCAUGUCUUCAAGAAGCCCAGCUGACUGUUCUGUCAUCUUGACUCGUUGUGUUCUCGCUGCGGCCUUCAACAUGGACGAAGGCGCGUGCAGGCUGCUGGUAAAGCUCGCGCAGGAGGGACCGCUGAGCUCCAUGGAGGAAGCGAUAUCUUCAGGCGGCUCGGCGGCGGUUCAGACCGCCGGCAGCACGCACUUCGGUCGGUCGGGGGACACCCUGCUGCACUACGCCGCCCGGCGGGGACACCUGGACAUCGUGGAGUAUCUGGUGAAGCAGCUCGGCGCGGACGUGGAGGUGCACAACAACGACUACAAGAGGCCGCUGCACGAAGCCGCUUCCAUGAGCCACCAGGCGUGUGUUAGCUAUCUGCUUCGGGAGGGAGCCGCGGUGGACAGCUUGAAGAAAGCCGACUGGACUCCGCUGAUGAUGGCCUGCACCCGGAGGAACCUCGGCGUGGUCCAGGAGCUGCUGCGCCGCGGCGCCGAUCCCGCGCUGCAAAACAAGGACGGCUGGAACUCGUUCCACGUCGCCUGCAGGGAGGGCGACCCCCCCGUCGUCCGCCACCUGCUCAUUGCCGCACCGGACGUCUGGAGGACGGCGAGCAAGACGCGCAGGACUCCGCUGCACACUGCAGCGAUGCACGGCCGUGAGGAGGUUGUUCGGAUCUUGCUGGAGAGAUGUGGCUACGUCCCAGGCUGCACUGACAGCUGUGGGGUCACUCCUUUCAUGGACGCUGUCAGGAACGGACACGUGUCCGUGGCCCGGCUGCUUCUAGAGAAACACCAGGCAUCUCCAACGGCGGCUGACGUGCUCGGGGCUCAGGCGCUGCACCAAGUCGCCGUCACCGGCCAGGAGGAGGCGCUGCGGUUCCUGGUGCGGGACUUACGUGUCGACGUGAACCAGAAGGCCACCGCUGUCCAGCUCACCGCCCUGCAUUACGCUGCAAAGGAGGGCCACACGUCCACGAUACACACUCUGCUGGAGCUCGGGGCUGAUCUUCACGCUCGGGACCAAAAGGGAAGAACCGCCCUUCACAUGGCCUGCAUUGGGCAGCAUGCCGCCGCCGCCAGGACCCUCCUGCAGCUGGGACUCCGAGACUCUGAGGACACGUGUGGCGCGACCGCGAUGCAGCACGCCAGGAAACCAGACGUGGUGCGAGUGUUUGAAAGUGGCCCACCAGACCUGCCGUGACGUCACAUUAGUGACACGGCCAGGCACCCGAAACCUUUCCUUGUGAUUAAAGUCAAUCAAUUUAGUGUGGAAUAAACCUCAACGUGUA